AUGAACGAUACCGCUGCUUUUGGUGGAGCCCAGUUGGAUGCCUUCUUUCCUAUUGACGAGGACAUCGGCAGCGACUCGGCGUUGCUGGAUAACGUCGUGGAGCUCCUACUCGCUGCAGGCACACGAGAGCUCGCAGAGGUCAUCAUGAUGGUGAUUCCCGAGGCUUGGCAGAAUGCCGAUCGCAUGGAACCGGAGAAGAAGGCUUUCUACAAGUACCUCUCCUGCGUAAUGGAGCCUUGGGACGGUCCUGCCUUGGUUUGCUUCACAGAUGGCAUUCAGUUCGGUGCAACGCUGGAUCGCAACGGCCUCCGUCCAGGACGAUUCUACAUCACCAAGGACAAGCGGCUCAUCCUCGCCUCGGAGGUCGGCGUCGUGGAUGUCCCGCAGGAGGAGGUGCAGUUCAAGGGCCGACUGCGGCCGGGCCGCAUGCUUCUGGUGGACUUCAGCGAAGGGAAGCUGAUCGAAGACAACGAGUUGAAGAUGCGCUAUGCGAAGAAGCAGCCCUACGCGGACUUCUUGAAGACUCACAGCAUCGAGAUUAAGGAUAGAUUGGGCCCGGAGCCCAAGACUGACACAGCGCUGAUCGAGGAACUGCUCGACGAGGAGCCGGGCAGCUUCGACGCCUCAGACACCACCCUGGUGAACAAGCGCGUGCUGCCGCUCCUCACCUACACUGGCUACACCUACGAGAAGGUGGAGAUGCUCCUGGCGCCGAUGGUGAAGACGGGUGCCGAGCCUCUGGGCUCCAUGGGCCAGGAUGUGGCUUUGGCUUGCAUGUCGAGAAUGCCUCGCCAGCCUUUCGACUACUUCUUCCAGCUCUUUGCGCAGGCGACCAAUCCACCCAUUGACCCGAUCCGCGAGGCCAACGUGAUGUCCUUGACCUGCCCCGUGGGUCCGGAGAGGGGACUGCUGCAGCCUUCCCCCGAGGCCUGCCGACGCGUGUUCCUCGACUCCCCGAUCCUCUGCCCGCGCCGCUACAAUGCCUUGUUUGGGCUUGAGGCCGAUGGUAUGCCUGCCGUGGUUCUGGACAUGACCUACGGCCUCAGUGAGACAAAGUCGCGUGCCCGGCAAGCCGACCGCGCGACCCGAGGAAACAAUUUGCUGAAGGAGCGGUUGGACCAGAUUUGCAAGGAAGCCGAGGCGGCGAUUCUCGGCGAUGGCGCGGCCAUCCUCGUUCUGUCGCACCGCCGCGCCAGUCAGAGUCGUGUGCCCGUCAGCUCCUUGCUGGCCGUGGGCGCAGUCCACCAGGACCUCAUUGCCAAGAAGCUUCGAGCCAAGGUGGCCCUGGUGGUGGAAGGGGCGGAUGCCCACGAGAUCCACCACUUCUGCUGCCUCCUGGGAUUCGGCUGUGAUGCGAUCUACCCUUACCUCUGCUACCUCAGCCUGCUACGUGUCCGGGGCACCGACCUCCCGCUGAACCAGCGCAUCGAGAACUUCCGAAAGGCCUCCGACGGAGGCAUCCUGAAGGUCAUGAGCAAGAUGGGGAUCUCCUGCCUGCAGAGCUACAAAGGCGCUCAGCUCUUCCAGGCCGUGGGCAUGGACAAGGAAGUCAUCGCCAAGUGCUUCACCGGCUGCAAGUUCGUGCUCAAUGGUGCAGGCUUCAACAUCUUCGAGAUGGACGCCAUGGAGUUGCACAAGAUGGCCUUCCCAGACAGGCCUCACCCGCCGCUUGUCGACAACGAGGUGGAAGAGCUGGAGGACUUCGGCGAGUAUCACUUCCGCAGCAUCCACGAGACCGAGAUCCACAUGAACACACCCGAUGUCAUCUACAAGAUGCAGGAGGCAGCGCGGUCCAACUCCACCGAGGCCUACAAGAUGUUCUCCACAUGGCAGAACAAGAUCACUGAGCAGACGGAGAUUCGUGGACAACUCGAAUUCCUGUCCGAGGAGUGCGACCCGAUUGACAUCUCCGAGGUGGAGCCAGCUGUGGAGAUCGUGAAGCGCUUCUGCACCGGCGCAGCCUCCUUCGGAUCCAUCUCCGACGAGGCCCACCGGGCCAUGGCCGUCGCCAUGAACCGCAUCGGUGGCAAGAGCAACACCGGUGAGGGUGGCGAGGACCCGAUGCGCUUCACACAGCUCGAGAAGGGCGAGUUCGAGGCCGGCGGAGCCAAGUGGGACAUCGCCCACGGAGACUCCUUCCGCUCGAAGAUCAAGCAGGUGGCCUCCGGACGCUUCGGUGUCACCGCGGAGUAUCUGGCCAACGCCGAGGAGCCGAGGGUUCGAGGCCCAGAUGAAAAGUACAUGGACAAGACAUCGGCAACUGGCGAGGUUACCCUUCACCUGGUAUUGAGGUAG